ACAAAGAAAAGAAAAGCAUAGCCCACUAGCGCCCUAUCCCUCCUUCUCUCCUUCCGUCCGUUGUACGGUCCCCGUCCGUUUCCCACAUUUUCCGCUUCCCCCCAUCCAUCCCUCCAUUAACUCGCCCCUCGAUUCCAGCCCCCAAGAAAAUCUCCCCAAACAAUUCAGAGAAGCAGAUCCCUAGUCCCCGAAUCCUACCUCGACUAUCCGGGUUCGCUCCCAACCAGCGCCAAUCUGCCGGCUCCGUCUCAGGCGGCCCCCGGCGCGGAGUCUUGGCUCGGGAGAUCCAGGGCCCCUUUUCUUGGGGUGUUCUCGGCUCAAAUCUUGCGGCUUCUGGGCAAUGUGAUUUGUCCCAGGGGCGAUUUUCCGGCGCAGUAGUUGCUGAAUCUUGCGAGGGGUUGCGAAGAUGGAACAUGUGAUCGGGGGAAAGUUUAAGCUGGGUAGGAAGAUUGGGAGCGGAUCUUUCGGGGAGCUGUAUCUUGGCGUCAACAUACAGAGCAGCGAGGAGGUGGCUAUCAAGUUGGAAUCUGUUAAAUCAAGGCAUCCUCAGCUUCAUUAUGAGUCAAAACUAUACAUGCUUCUGCAAGGAGGAACUGGGAUUCCUCAUCUGAAGUGGUUUGGAGUGGACGGGGAGUACAAUGUCAUGGUCAUUGAUCUUCUUGGUCCAAGUCUGGAAGACUUAUUCAACUAUUGCAACAGAAAAUUCACUCUUAAAACAGUACUUAUGCUUGCUGAUCAGAUGAUUGCUAGGGUAGAGUACAUGCACUUGAGGGGCUUUCUUCAUCGUGAUAUAAAGCCGGAUAACUUUCUUAUGGGUUUAGGCCGUAGAGCAAGCCAGGUUUACGUUAUUGAUUAUGGCCUCGCGAAGAAGUACCGGGACCUCCAAACUCAUAAGCACAUUCCAUACAGGGAGAACAAAAAUCUUACAGGAACAGCACGUUAUGCUAGUGUAAACACCCAUCUUGGAGUAGAACAAAGCAGGAGAGAUGAUUUAGAAUCUCUCGGUUAUGUUCUGAUGUAUUUCUUAAGAGGAAGCCUUCCUUGGCAAGGUCUGAAAGCUGGCACGAAAAAACAGAAGUACGACAAAAUUAGUGAAAAGAAAAUGUUAACCCCAGUUGAGGUUCUUUGUAAAUCUUAUCCAUCAGAGUUUGUUUCAUACUUCCAUUACUGCCGGUCUUUGCGAUUUGAAGAUAAACCAGAUUAUUCCUAUUUGAAGAAACUCUUCCGAGACCUAAUGAUCCGUGAAGGGUACCAGUCUGAUUAUAUAUUCGAUUGGACUGUAUCAAGGCAAGCAGCAGAGAAUAACAGAUUGCGACCAAGUGGAAGGACAGGUGGGUUGGUGGGACCAUCUGCAGAACGGGCUGAACGGACUUCAGCAAGACAGGAUGUUCCUGAUAGAUUCAGUGGUUCAGUGGAAACAUUUGCUAGAAGAACUGGCUCUGGUUCUGGCCAUCAUGGAGAAAGCACGAAGCACAGAACCCUAUUGGAUUCACUGCUGGCGCCCAAGAUGGCUGCUGAUUCGGAUAAAAGAAGGCCUACAUCAUCUCGGAAUGGCAGCACCUCGAGGAAAGCUCUCCUGUCAAGCAGCAGACCAAGUUCUGGAGAGCCCAGUGACCCAACACGCACUAGCCACCUAAUCCCAACCAGCAGUGGCAGCAGUCGCCCAUCAACCACUCAGAGGCUUCACCAAUCAACUGGGCUGGAGACCAGGUCCUCAUCGUUAUCGAAAACUGCGAGAAAUGUCCAUGAUGAUCCCAAUCUAAGGGCAUUUGAUCGCCUUACAAUUAGUGCAGACAGGAGGAAAUAAAGGUUUGAAAAGUAAAAAGAUGUCAAUUGCUGUUCUGAGCAAGGGCACUUAGAAUUGAUUCAGUUCCAGACGAUGCUCACUGAUCAGCAAGAUAAAUGUUAUCAUGGACACGACAUGCUGAGGAAUGCAUAAAUCGAAGAUGGCACGUGGGAUCUUGCAUAGAUGGUCGAUCGUGCUAAUUCGAUGUCUGUUCUUUCAAAUGGUUAAAGAAUACGUUUUACGCCAUUCUGAAGGGCCUGGAUAGGCUGCAUUGUUUGGCCGUGCUGGCCCAGUUGAUGUUAAUGUUGACUCCUGACAUUUGUAGAAAUGUUACUCAAAUAAAACAGUUCAUUGGACAUUCAAAA